GGGUGUUUGGUGCCUCACCAGGCUCCGAGCGUCCCCCUGCACCACCACCAGCAGCAGCAGCAGCAGCCGCACGCCAGUCUGGAUCUGCAGUUUUCAGCAGUAGGAAACCCCUUGUACGGUUCAUCUCUGGAGUACGGACACCACCAGUUCGGCCUCGGCCUCGACCAGGACCGGAGCUUCGCGCACGCGCAGGUAUCCCCUCUCGGAACGAGCGUGGCUCCUUACCCCGGGGACRGCUGCGGCCCGGGCCAGUACGUGCAGUAUCCGGACCAGCGGCAGCAGGAGUACUCAGAGAGUGUUUACAGGAGGCUACCACCCCAGUGCAAGGAGAAAGACCAGGAGGAAACUUCUAAAACUUUCGACUGGAUGAAAGUGAAGAGGAACCCCCCUAAAACAGCUGUUCUGUCGGAGUUCGGGGUUCCGGGCCAGCCCAAUGCGAUCCGCACCAACUUCACCACCAAGCAGCUGACGGAGCUGGAGAAGGAGUUCCACUUCAACAAGUACCUGACGCGGGCGCGGCGGGUGGAGGUGGCGGCCAGCCUGGAGCUCAAUGAGACGCAAGUGAAGAUCUGGUUCCAGAACCGCAGGAUGAAGCAGAAGAAGCGAGAGAAGCUCGGCUGCGUCCUGGCCAGCAGCACUCCACCGGAGAAACUCUCUGAAACCGCGUCCACAAAUACUAAAGGGGAGAAAUUGUGAACUUUGAUGGGACUUAAAAAAAAAAACAAAAAAAAAAAAGCGGUUGGGUUUCACCAUUCCGUGGGAAAUAAAUACUCAAAGUGCUUGUGGACUURUGAAUCUUUACAGGGUAUGACUGAUUGCUGCUUUUCCUCUGAACUGGGUGCUUCUUAAAAAUAUUUUCAUCGAUUUAUUAUUAAUUUUUUUACCUCUCCAUAAUGAGCCCAAGCUGUGCUUUGUGUUGUAUCACUGAUCUCCUCAGUGUCAUUGUUUUGCACUAUUUAUUUACAGGGUAUUUUCCAACACUUGUUCAGAUGAUUUAGCUUAAUAAAGA